AUGCCGUCCGCCGAACCCAUUCCCGAUACUCAGAUCCUCAGUCCGCCGCCAGACCUCUCCAACAAACUCCCUAAACUCAUUCCCCGACGCAAGCAAGACAAGUCGACCGAACCUCCGUUAAAUCCACCACCACCAACUCCCGCCCUCCCUGCUGCCCCCAACAAGGAGGACGUCAAGUUCCAACAUCCCACACGCCGUAUCCUCUCCAAGAAAGAUCAUGAUCUAUUCCUGAACUCUCCCACAUAUGACUUGGUCACGGCCUUCGUCUUUGGCCUCUCCGACUCGGUCCGCCAAACAACAGUCACUUCUGUUCAGAAGACCCAAAGAGAUCCUGCUAUCGAUACAAUUGUGAACAUCCUAGAGGAGGCAGAGAGGACAGUCGCCGAAUGCCCUGCUGAAGAUGCUGGCGGCUCUCGCUUUGGCAACAAGGCCUUCAUCACAUACCUCGACAAGAUCGAGACAUUACUCAAGUCAUGGCACGACAAGCUCGGCGUAACAGACUCCGCUGCUCAGGAUGAAGUCUCGACAUAUAUCUUCCAUUCUUUUGGCAACAAGACCCGCAUUGAUUACGGAUCUGGUCACGAGCUCAACUUCCUCAUCUGGUUGCUAUGUCUGAACCGCAUGGACCUUCUUCCUCAAUCCACCUUCCCACAAAUCACCCUUGUAGUCUUCCCUCGCUAUCUUCGCGUCAUGCGUGUCGUCCAGUCAACAUAUUACCUCGAACCCGCUGGCUCACACGGUGUCUGGGGUCUCGACGACUACCAAUUCGCUCCCUUCCUCUUCGGCAGCGCGCAACUCGUCCACCAUCCUCAUAUCCGCCCCAUGUCGAUCCACAAACCUCUCAUUCUUGAAGAAUGCUCCAAAGACUAUCUCUACCUCGAACAAGUCGCCUACGUCAACAGCGUCAAGAAUGUCGAUGGCCUGCGCUGGCAUUCACCCAUGCUCGACGACAUCAGCAGCGCAAAGAACUGGGAAAAGGUCGAAGCCGGCAUGAAGAAGAUGUUUGUCGCUGAAGUCUUGGGCAAGCUGCCCGUCAUGCAACACUUUUUGUUCGGUAGCCUAGUACCUGCCGUUGACGGUAUGAGCACAGAAGACGAGACCGACGUUGCUGGUGAAAUGGAAGAGACAGAAGGUGGGCAGGGCCGAGUCGCGCCGGAAGGCGGUAUGAAGCACGUUCACGAUCACAGCGGCAAGACAUGGGAUGACUGCUGUGGUAUCAAGGUUCCUNCUGCCAUUGGUGCCAUGCAAGAAAUGAAGAAACGCCAAGGUGGUGAAUCGUUGAGAAGACUGCCCUUCGACUAG